AAAAAUGUAGAAUCUUGCCAAUAAUAUCUCAUCUUCCACCACGCCAAUCGAAACUCUUUCGUGUUCCCUUCCUCUUGACCUUUGGUGCAAAAAAAAAAAAAUAUUCCUUUUCGGGAUUUUUAUCGUUUAUUUUUCUCUAAUUCUAAAUGGGUGAUUUUUUUUUUGGUGUUGCUUUGAUGUGUACUUCACUGUCUAGAUCUGAUUAGGGUUUUGCUGUAUUCAAUUCAGCACAUUCUGCUUCCAAAUUUAGCAACAAAAAAAUCUACAUUUUACUUUCCAUUUCCGUUGUCUUGUCAUUCACUCACACACCUUUAAUCUCGCUUUUCAGCAAAAAUUCCCCACCAGUUCUUCCAUUUGCCUUCUGGGUUCUCCCUCUUCUUCUUCUUCUUCUUCUUCUUCUUCUUCUUCCUCUUCUUCCCUCGCUGAUCUCUCACCGUUUGUUCUUAAACUCGACCGAUUCUUGCUUAUUAAGUCUGGUCAGCGUAUGCAAAGCACGGAGACUUUCGUCAACUGGGUCGAGUUUUCUAGUGUUUGAGAGAGAGAGAGAGUGAUGUCGAGAGAGAAGAUUCAGAUAAAGAAGAUAGACAACGCGACGGCGAGGCAAGUGACGUUCUCGAAGCGAAGGAGAGGUCUUUUCAAGAAGGCCGAGGAACUCUCCGUCCUCUGCGACGCCGACGUCGCUCUCAUCAUCUUCUCCUCCACCAGCAAGCUCUUCGAGUACUCUAGCUCCAGCAUGAAGAAGAUGAUAGAGAGGCAUAGCUCGCAGUCUAAGAACUCGGAGAAGCUCAAUCGGCCGUCUCUUGAGUUACAGCUGGUAGAUGACAGUGAACACUCCAGGCUGAGCAAAGAACUCGUGGAGAAGAGCCACCGAUUAAGGCAAAUGAGAGGGGAUGAACUUCAAGGGCUGGACAUGGAAGAACUGCAGCAACUGGAGAAGGCACUUGAAGCCGGGUUGAACCGCGUGAUCGAGAAGAAGAGCGAGAAGAUUAUGAACGAGAUCAACGACCUUCAAAGAAAGGGAAUACAACUGAUGGAACAGAACAAGCGGCUGAGGCAGCAAGGAGUGCAGCUAAUGGACGAGAACGAACGACUUGGUCAACGGAUAUCUAAUGGGUAUGAGAGAUAUGGCGAUGCUGAAUCGGAAAACGCCGUGGAGGAAGGAGGGAAUUCAUCGGAAUCCGUAACCAACGCCGGAAAUUCCACCGGAGCUCCGGUGGACUGCGAAAGCUCCGAUACUUCCCUCAAGCUCGGGUUACCAUAUGGUGGUUAAGACAUGAAAUUACAAAGACAGCGGUGGGAAGAGAGAUGAGAGUGUAAAUCCAACUUUGUAAUAACAAUGGCGAAAAUAUGAAACGUGUAGAUUGUGGUCUGUGUUUCGUUUGUAUACAUGUAAAAAACCUCUCUUUCACUUAGAGGGUAUUACGGUGUGUGUGCAUUCCUUGACGCUCAUUUUUA